CGGAGCACCACCGGGCCGCUAACGUUUGCGUGUGUUUCCCCACCAAGCGCUGACAAUCGUGUCGCAGAGAGCUAGCUGGCUAGCUAACGUUAGCUUGGGUAGCUGUGUGUAGCUAGCCUGCUUUAGAACGGAUGAAACACCGAUGCGUCCAUAAUCGGACGGACCUCACUGUUACAUGCUUAUUUCCAUUUUGCCGUCGUAGUUGAAAAGUCUUAGAGUCCGACGACAGUCGGACAAAUGUUUUUAGAGAUUUUUGUUUUGUUUUUGUUUUUGCCAGUGCAAGUGUACUCUCGUAUUUUGGUCCACAAGCCGAAUUAAAUGUCUGCUGAUGAAGCGCAACCCGCCUAGGCUAAGCGAAGGAGGAGCACUUGGCGGCAUUGGCUAUUUCUGUUUUCAUUGCCACUGAUUUGCAUCUGUUGGGCGAUGCUUCAGAUUUGACCCCCCUUAACAGCGGAUGAGUACGAUAAAGACAAGGAAAUGACCUAGAGGCCUUACAGAUACAUUUGUGCUUUUGUCGCUCUAAUCUGCAUCCGCGGAGUACGGCGAGAUCUGGAAGCACACUUGUUUCCGCGGUGAGUAAUAUCUACCUCAGCCAGCAGACGGGAGAAACCAGGAAGCUGCUGGAGACUUCAGACAGGCAGACAGAGCUAUCAGCUGGCCGCUCGCUCACUGCCUGCAGAGUCCUGCUUUGUGAAGAGGAUUUGAGACGGACUGGAUCUGUCUGCCCUUCGCCUCCCACAGCUCCUCUACCAGCCAGUGCACAAGAAGAGCCCAUACCACCACCUCUGAUUCCAGCAUUUACAUAGUUAUUUUUUUUUGUGUUGUUUUGUUACUGUCAUUGUUCCUCCGUGCUGUUGACCAGUGUCUCACUUUCCUUGCAUCCGUUUUUCCUCUUAGCUUUUGAAAGGAUUUUCUACUUUCUAUAGUGCAGGCUGGUAUAGGUUUAUAUAUGUACAUACAUAUGUGUAUAUACUCUAUAUACUGUAUGAAGAAGGAUUUUUCUCCCCAUUCUGAAGGAAAGGUAAUGCACUUUAAAACUUGGCUGUAGUAUCACUUUAGAUAUAUUAAAGAGUGUUUUCGACUUUCCCUCCCCUAUUAUGAUAAUUUUGUUUGAGGCUGGAAACGGAGAAUCUGGAGGUGUGUCAGUGCUGUUUUUAAGCCGGGCCUGACGUAUCUGCAGCAGGGCUGCAUGUAAGCAUUUCACUCAGCCUGACAGUCUUUUUGAUCGCCCUCCGACCUCACCCGAGUCUGUGCCGCCUCUCUACAUGGCACACUGAGAUGAGCCUCUGGCAGGUGGAAUCCUUGAGCUGUCUUUUUACGUAACUUGGAACAGUUUCUGGAACGUUUGGUUUGGUGUUUUUGUAAAGAGGACACGGGCACUUGUGGGAGAAAAACAAACGCAAAACAACAGCUUCCGGUGCUGUUGCACCACUUAUGUAUUGUUGUAGUGCGCAGGAAAGUAAAAUGGACUACAAGCGUCGCUUUUUGCUCGGCGGGUCCAAGCAGAAAGUGCAACAGCACCAGCAGUACCAGAUGCCUGAGCUGAGCCGGACCCUGAGCGCCUCCUUGGCCUCCUCUUGCUCGGCUUCUUCGCCCAUAGGCUCCGGGGUGGGCAUGCCUGGCAGCUGCCACCCACCUCCUUCUGGCACCACUACCGCGGUUGCAGACAUCCAGCAAGGCAUCUCCAAGUACUUGGAUGCCCUCAAUGUGUUCUGCAGGGCCAGCGCCUUCCUCACAGACCUGUUCAGCAGUGUGUUCAGGAACUCUCACUAUUCCAAAGCAGCUAUGCAACUGAAGGACGUGCAGGAACACGUCAUGGAGGCGGCCAGCAGGCUGACUGCAGCAAUAAAGCCUGAGAUCGCCAAGAUGCUGAUGGAGCUGAGCGCCGGAGCUGCCAACUUCAAAGACCAGAACGACUUCAGCCUGCAGGAUGUGGAGGUGCUGGGUCGAUGCUUCCUCACGGUAAUGCAGGUCCAUUUCCAGUUUCUAUCACAGGCUUUACAGAAGGUCCAGCCUGUGGCCCAGUCCUGCCUGGCAGAGGCUCUUGCCCAGGCCCAGGAGCGCUGCGCCAACGCCCGCUCCCAAAGCUCCGAUCUCGGGCCUCUCACAGAGCUGGAGGAAGCCUCGCGCUCAUGGAAAGGUGCAGCCCAGGCUAUGGCGAGGCUGAGAGAGAGAGGACAGGAUGGCUGCCUGGCAGGCAUCCAGGUUCAGCAGCUCUUCUGCUCCAACAACACCACCAUCCCUGAACACCAGCUGAAGGACCUCAACAUAAAGAUUGACAGUGCUUUACAGGCCUACAAAGCAGCACUGGAGAGCCUGGGCCAUAGUGAGUACGCACUGAAGGCUGGCUUUCAUCUUAACCCCAAAGCUGUGGAGGCAGCCUUACAGUGCUGCUGCAGCGAGGCGGAGGCCCAGCAGGCGGGCAGGAUGCAGACCACCUCCCAGCCCAUCCAGUGCGAGCUGCCCACCAUCCCUGUACAGAUCGGCUCACACUUCCUCAAAGGAGUGUCCUUCAACGAGUCAGCGGCUGAAAACCUCAAACUGAAAACGCACACAAUGCUGCAGCUCAUUAAGGAAGCGCUGGGCCAGAAUGGAGUGACCCCGAGGGAUGACUCUCCCGUCACCGAGGUCCUCAACCAAGUCUGCCCAUCCAGUUGGAGAGGAGCCUGCAAGACAGCUGUCCAGCUGCUGUUUGCCCAGGCUGGUCUGGUGGUUGUUGAUACAGCUCAGAUUGAGAACAAGGAGGCCUACGCUCCACAGAUCACUCUUGAGGGAUCCAAGGUGGUGGUCCAGGUUCCCUCCACAUGGUGUCUGAAGGAGGACCCAGCCACUAUGUCCCUGCUCCAGCGGAGCUUGGACCCAGAGAAGACACUUGGUCUUGUGGACGUGCUGUACACAGCAGUGUUUGACAUCAACAGAUGGAAGGAGAGAAAAGAGCAAGCCUUGCCCACGAUUCAGAUCCAGCUGCAGCGGGAGAUCCCAGAGUACUGUGCUCAGGCAGACCUGCCUCCAGGCACCACCUCCAAGACCUCCAGUGGAUUGCCCAAAACUAUAUCCAAGCUGACUUCCAAGUUUACCAAGAAAGUGUCAUCCAGCUCUAAUAGUGGGGGCAGUUACUCCAUCCCUAGCACGCCAUCUCGCAGCAUGCUAACAUCCAGCAGCUCUGAGGACAAAGCCAAGAGCCUGGGUCACAGUGACGGGAGGCUACACAGCAUCCUGCAGAUGGGCAGCCUGUCCUGCACGCCUGACUCCACCCAGCAAAGCCAGCUGGCCAACGGCUCCGUGUGCGAGGACCAGGGGAUGAACCUGCCGACUGACCAAGAGAUGCAGGAUGUCAUCGACUUUCUCUCAGGAUUCAACAUGGGAAAAUCCCAGCAGGCUUCGCCCCUGGUCAAGAGGAGGAACUCUGUGGCAUCUGCAAACCCUGCUGAGCUGAAGCCUCCGAGUGGACCUCCGCCAACGUCUCAAUCGAUCUCUCACAACGCCCUGCAGCCCCCAGCUCAGACCCUGUCCCAGCCUCAGCCCCAGCCUCAGCCCCAGGCUGUGCAGAAGCAGCAGUCUCAGCCACAACCUCAGCCACCUCCUCCGCAGCAACAACAACCCCAGCAGCAGCAGCAGCCCCCUCCUCCGCCUCAACAGCCCUCUCCACAGGCCCUGCAGUACUACCAGCACCUCCUGCAGCCUAUCAGUCAGCAGCAGCCACCUCCUCCUCAGCUUCCUCCUCAGCAGACCCCACCACAGGUCCUGCCACAGCAGAGAGUGGCGAGCAAGUGGCUUGGCACAUCUGGGCAACAGCCCCCACCGCAAGGCCCCCCAGCAGGACUGUCACCCCUGGGUCCAAUCGGGCAGUGGGGCUCUCCUGGUCUGCCGGAUCUGAGCUCAGAUCUGUACAGUCUGGGCCUGGUCAGCACCUACAUGGACAGUGUCGUGUCAGAGAUGCUGGGCCAGAAGCCGCAGGGGCCCCGGAACAAUACUUGGCCAAACAGGGACCAGAGUGAAGGAGUGUUUGGAGUCCUGGGAGACACGCUGCCCUUUGACCCAGCAGUUGGCUCCGAUCCGGAGUUUGCACGUUAUGUCGCCGGCGUCAGUCAGGCCAUGCAGCAGAAACGGCAGGUGCAGCACAUCCGUCGCCCCAGCAACCCGCGAAGCAACUGGCCAAUGCCUGACGAGCAGCACAGGACCUGGUCCCACCCAGAGUACUACAGUGAGGGGGAGGCUGUAAACAGCAGCUGGUCAGCCAAUCAGGGGGACUCGGCCAGCUCCAGCGACGAGACGUCUUCGGCCAAUGGCGACAGUCUGUUCUCCAUGUUUUCUGGGCCGGACCUUGUAGCUGCGGUUAAACAAAGGAGAAAACACAGCUGUGGGGAGCCAGAGGUGUGCACCCUGCCCUCACCACCACUCCAUCACCUCGGGGAUGAUAACCAGGACAGCAAAACUAAAACCUGGCCCCCCAAAGCGCCAUGGCAACACUCCACCCACACCCACACCAACACCAUGCCCAAUCCCAGCUCUUCCUUGUACCAGAUGAACAUCCCUCCUUCCUCCCAGUGGAGCGACUCCAUGCAGAUGCUGCAGUCUCCCGUGUGGUCCACUGCCAGCGACUGUUCCCCUUCCACCGGCAUCUCCUCUGGUUUCCCCUUCACCCAGCAGCAGCAACAGCAGCAGCAGCAACAGCAGCAACAACAGCAGCAGCAGCAACAACACAAACCCAUGACCAAGGGCUUUAAAUCCUUCCCCCUCAAACACGAGCACAGGCCCUCCUACCUUCACCAGUACUGAUCCAACAAGUCGAGGGUGAAGUGCCACCGAGGGCCGGUAGCUCUGUGAGAUGAGCCACUGAGUGGGCCGAGCUGCAGCCAUUACAGUCCACACCCACUGAAUUAGAAGAUUUCAAAGCCCCAGAGGCAAAAUUUAAGUACACACACUGGCUCGACAUUUUUGUAUCUAUAUUUUUCCAUGUCAGACAUCCCCAUUUGAAAAAGAGACGUAUUUUGAAGUUUUUUCGAACUGCCAUGUUUUAACUACGGAAGGUGCAUGUGUCAUGCUGGCAGCAGUUAGCCUAGUGGUCGUUUCUCUGCCUGUUGAGCUGACGUCUCCUCAGACAAGAGCUGGAGACGCGUGCGGCCGUCACCCACUUGCUUCUGCAGCUGAACGUGUGUGUGUGUGUGUGUGUGUGUGUGUGUGUGUGUGUGUGUGUGUGUUUAAAGGAGGGGGAUUAUACAAGCGGGCGGGGGCUUGAAAUGCUCUCAUAUCGCCCAUAAUAAAUAUACUGUGUCUACAUAGCUGUAACUGCCAAAUCUCACGCAAGAUGACUCAGAGUACAGCUACCAUCUACUGUUUCAUAGCUUGUAAAAUACUGAAGUUGAAAUAUAAAUAUUUAGUUCUUUUUAUUAAGAGGCUUUGAGCAGGCUCAGCAUAAAUAUAGUAAGUCACUGCAGAGGUGUAAUUUGAGAGAAAUACACUACUUUUUCAACAACUGACCAGAGUUAUGAAUUAUAGCAGUAACAAUGUGCCAUGUUGGUAUUGAUAGCACUUGCAGAUUAUUAUUUCCAACCAAAGCGUUGUUCAGAAGAUGAAUGGUGCUGAGGAGAUAAGAGGCGGUCUGAGAUUAUUGAUAAACGGUGAAGUAACCCACCCUUAUUGGACGAGAAGCGUUAGGGAACACCUUCACACCCAGAGGCGCGUUCAUUUCCUCCUCUCUAAUUGGCUCGUUGUUUGCUCAAGAUUAACACUAACUCCCAUAAAAACUUUCCUUCUGUUUAAUAAUACAAUAUUUUUCUUGUACAAUUAUUGACAGUAUUAAUCUUAUUUUUGUAUUUUCUUACAUGUUAUACCAUUACUGUAUGUUAGUAUUCUUGUAGGCAUAUUACAUAAAAAAAACAUUAUUUUCCACCUCCCAAUAUGUGAAAAAGCACAUUUUUUUCCUACAGAGUUGAACUACAACCAUCUAUCUAUAAAGGUUACCAAAUAUGCCAUGCUAAACACUAAAACAUUGUGUGAUGAGGGUGUUUUCCAGCCCUUGUUUCUGCGGUUUCUAUGGCAAUGGGCUGCAUUUAAAAGCCCAGAAUGUUAUCUUUUUGUGAUGUUUGCGGAUGCCAAUGUUGCCUGUAUUUAUGAAAUGACACCAUGUUUUCAGAAAACUAACAUACUUAACAUGUUUACAGAGAAUUGUUUGCUGUAUAUACAUAUAAAUAUAUAUCUUUUUAUAGUUAAUGUGCUUUGCACAAUCAAGAUAUAGGGUUUGUUGCUUUUUGUCUGUGUUCUCUCCCUAACUGUUGCAGCCUUUUUUAAAGACAUCAUUACAGACCUUGGACUGUAACUGUUAGCUUCUCAGCUGUGUCAAAUGGUUUACUAGUGGCUUCUACAAAAGGAAAAAAAAAUAAUAAUAAAAAACAUGUUGCCCUGAUAAAAGAUAUGAAGGGGGACUGCUUGGCUUAUGUUGCUUACUGUUCUCUUGAGCUGGCAACUGAAUCUUUCCAAGUGUACCAGCAAUGCAAAAAAUGAAUAAAAAUGACUAGCAAUUCGA